AUGAGCAAAGCCCGAGGCGACAAGUUGGGGGUCUCCCUCCACGUGAAGGGCGCUUCACGCUGCAGCGGGAGCGUGUAUUACGUGCUCCGGUGUGUCGGUGGCCGCGGGUUCGAAGCCCUGGGUUUGCACACGCUGACCCCAGAGGCGGCCCCUCUGGAGCCCUCACGUGUGUUGCGAGCCAUCGAGGCGGUGACAAACACCCCCUCCCAGCCCGGGCGGCGCGCACGUGACGGUUUUCGGGCUCCCACCCAAACCAGCGAUGCAGAUGUGAACCCGGGGGCCUGGCAGCGAGCCUUUCCGUCUCCUCACAGGAUGGAUCUGAAAGUUUACGCUGAGUUGUUGAAAGAAUCUGGCAACCAGGGCUUUAAGAAUGGAAACUUCUCUUUGGCCAUCAGAAAGUAUGAUGAAGCCAUCCAGAUUCUCCUGCAGUUAAAACAGUGGGGGGUCCCCCCGAGGGAACUGGCUAUGCUGUUGUGUAACAAAGCCAACGCGUUUUUCAGCCUUGGGAAAUUUAACGAGGCUUUUGCCACUGCCAAGGAAUGUCUGCAGUGGGAUCCGACCUACGUGAAGGGCUAUUACCGAGCCGGCUACGCCUUACUCCGUCUGUUCCAGCCACAUGAAGCGGCUCGCUUGUUUUUCGAGGGUCUGAAGCUCAUGCAGCACAGUCAGGACUACGGCCAGAUUUCGGAUUUUCUCGUUGCAAUCGUCACCACCAUGGACAGUGAUGCUGCUGUUUUAAAAAGUUUCGCGUCCUGCUUUGAUCGCAUUUUCACAUGUGGGUUCUCGGCAGAAGUGUGGCAAUGUGUCAUGGAGAAAUUCACCAGGAAGGGACUGUGGCACCCAUUCCUGCUUCUGGCUUCGAGAAAAGAACGACUGCCAAGGACCAUUCGAGCCCCAGAUAUAACCCUGAAAUGCCUUUUUGAGAAAUACGUCAUCACUGGACUUUACGAACGCAUGGACCAGGUGCCCCCGUUAGUCCAGUGGCUCAUCUUCCUUGGUGCAAACGUCGAGAGCAUCGGACCCUACCCGCUUCAUGCCCUCAUGAGGCUGUGCAUCCAAGCAAAGGACAACCACCUUUUCCAGUGGCUGAUGGACUUCAAGCCGGAGUGGAAAGGCCGCAUCAACCAGAAGGACGAGGAUGGCUGCACGGUCCUGCACAUCGUUGCCGCCCACUCCCCGGGAUACCUCAUCAAGCAGCAAACAGAGGACGUGGAGAUGCUGCUGCAUUUCGGGGCAGACCCCACCCUGAUGGACCGGCAGUCUCGCUCUGCUGUGGAUAUCCUGAAGAGGAAUAAGAACUUCAAAGCUAUCGAGAAGAUCAGCUCCCACCUGGAGAAGCUGGCUACGUGUUCUAAGGACGUGUCAGGACUGAGCAGCGGUGACGGAUCCAUCAGCGAGAUCGAGAUUUUCCGGCGGGUCUCUGAGCAGCUUGUGAAGUACAUGAACUCGGGAAACCUGUCGCUGCAAAGGAACAUUCUGAAGCAGGAGAUAGUCCAGCGGUUCUUGCGUCUCCUGUCUUCUCUGCAAGAAAUCCCUCCUGACCUGGUGUGUGACAUUAACCAUGACUGUGCCAGCGUCUUCGUCAAGUACUUGCUGGAAAAGCAGAAGUGGCCCGAAGUCCUUCUGCUGUUAACCCGCAAAGUGAGCGGGGAGCCGCCGUUUGGAGAGUGUGUCAUCAAAAACUGUGAUCUCGCCGACCUGGACCUAAGUGCCAUCAUCCCGCAGCUCAGCUGCUGGGACCAGCGAAGGAUCCAGCUCCUGGGCUCCCUCGUAGACAGUGGAGCUUUGCCCGGGGGUCUCCAGAGGAGCCAGCAGAACCCCCUGACCCUGUGCCUGAAGCACGAUGACUGGCAGCUGGCUUUCCUUCUCUUGACCAAGGGCGCGUCGCCAAGAGGCAUCACCUUAGUGGACGGCGACACCCCCGUACACGCGGCCCUGCAUAUCUUCCUGGAUGUAAACGCUGACAUUGGCUUUGACUUCCUCAGCUUCCUGUUGAGCCUCUACUGGUCUGACCCCGUCCAGUUUGAUUACCUGAGUCCCAACGUCCAGGACAGCAACGGGAACACGCUGAUGCACAUCCUCUUCCAGAGAGGUAUGCUGAAACGCAUGAAGAAGCUGCUGGAAUUGCUGGCCAAGUUCGACAUCAACUUCAGCUUGAAGAACAAAGAGGGCAAAGACGCGCGGCACCGGAUCAAGAAGAAUGACCCUCUGCUCCUGGCCUGGAACAAAGCUCUGGUGGAGAGCAGGCGGAAGGGCCGACAGGACUCUGCGGCCCACCUGGGGAGGUUCAUGAGGCCCAUGGGCCCCGGCCAGAUCGCCCAGCUCCGGUCUCAGGGCUCGCUCAAGUCUCUGCCAGGAGGUGUCACGUCCCUGCCAGACGGAGUGGUCCCUGACAGCUGGGAGAGUCUCGCUGAUGGCCACCUGACCCGGCAGGACUCCGACCCGUGCUCUCCGAGAGACUAUCUCAUGCAGGACAUCAUGGUGUUGAUUCAGCGGGUCGACUUGGUUAUGUUCCUGCCAGGGGACUGUUCUCCGGGCACCAAGCCUUUGGUGGCAGGAGCAGGUACACAGGUGAAGAAGGACGCGUUCCAGCAGGCUUCCGGUUUGGGGAGCUCCGUCUGCAGGGAGCACAGCCCCGCUCUCCCAGAGGCCCCGGAAGGACACAUCCAGGCAGGCCCCCGGGCUGUGCAGCUCCUUCCCGUCGUCCAGAGUGGGAGAGAGGACACCUUGGCUCAGGAGGACUGGAACAUGCGGGACGUCGACGUGUGCCUCCAGGACUUCGAAAACAUGACCUGGGAGAUCGAGUGUACCUCGGAGAUGCUCAAGAAACUCUCCAGUAAGACCACGGCCAAGAUCAUCAAGAAGAAGGUCAUCUUCUGCAUCCAGAAGCUGGGCAACGGUGAGUGGACCUACAGCCUGCACAAGCAGCUGAAGCACCUCAAAGGGAACAUCCAGCUCUUCGAAGCCAAGCUGGACAAGGGAGCCCGGAUGCUGUGGGAGCUCGCCAUCGACUUCUCCCCUCGGUGCAGCGAGAACCCGGAGAAGAUCGUGGCCGCUGAGCAGAGCGCCCAUUGCCUGGAGAAGUCCGGGCGGAUCUACACCGAAAUCAUUCGCAUCUGGGACAUCGUCCUGGAUCACUGCAAGCUGUCUGACUCCAUCCGGGCCAUCUGCAGCGCCUACAGCCGGGGCCAGUCCUGCGUUCUGCGGAAGAAGCUGAAGGGCAUCAACAAAAGCCAGGUGUUGACCAACAUGAAGGUGCAGCGUUGGAUCCCCCGCUGCUACGUGGAGGACACCGAGGCCGAGAAGGACCGGGCGCACCUGGAUCCUGAGUACUUCCCCCCGGCCAGCUCGGUGGAGACGGAGUACAACAUCAUGAAGUUCCACAGCUUCAGCAGUAACAUGGCCUUCAACAUCCUCAAUGACGCGACGGCGACGGUGGAGUACCCCUUCCGAGUGGGCGAGCUGGAGCACGCCGUGAUCGGCCUCAACCCCAAGCCGCUGGAGCCCAUCAUCCUCAUCGGCCGCAGCGGCACCGGGAAGACGACGUGCUGCCUCUACAGGCUGUGGAAGAAGUUCCACGUUUACUGGGAUAAAGCGAAGCAGGCCAGGAGCCCGCUGCUGGCCAGACAGGUCUGGCUGGAGAGAAGCUUGGGCAUGGAGCCUGGAAAAGAGGGUCCGGGCAUGGAGCCUGGAAAAGAGCGUCCAGGCUGGGCAAAGGAGAGGGAGGAGGAAGACAAGCGCAGGGAGAGCUCCGUCAGAGUGCCGGCCGCAGAGCGCCAGGCCGAGGAGGAGCCGGACAGCGACCUUGGCGUGCGGGGACCCCGUGUGGGGCGUCGUCGAGGGGAGAGCCGAGCCGCGCGACCUCGUGUGUCCGAUCACUCGCCCCAGCUGGAGCACCUCCAUCAGAUCUUCGUCACCAAGAACCACGUCCUGUGCCAGGAGGUGCAGAGGAACUUUAUUGAGCUUUGCAAGUCCACCAAGUGCGCCAGCCACUACAGACCCCUGGAGCCCACCGUGCACAGGCUCCAGGACCUGAAGGACGAAAACUUCCCGCUGUUUGUCACGUCCAAGCAGCUGCUCCUUCUUCUCGACGCGUCCCUGCCGGCGCCCUUUUUCCUGAGAAACGAAGACGGCAGCCUGAAGAGAACCAUCCUGGGAUGGUCCAUGCAGGACGAGCUGUCCAUCUUUAACUGGCAGGAGGAAGAGGAGGAGGCCGAGGUGGAAAGGGACCACGGGGAAGAGGAUAAAGCUGCCGAAGCUCGCGUGGGCGACAGCGACCCCCGGGUGUACGUGACCUUCGAGGUGUUUGCCAGUGAGAUAUGGCCCAAGAUGACCAAAGGGAAAACCUCCUAUAACCCUGCACUGAUUUGGAAGGAAAUCAAGUCUUUCCUGAAAGGCUCUUUUGAGGCGCUCAGCUGCCCCCAGGGGUGGCUGACUGAAGAUGUCUAUAAGAAAUUGGGGAGGAAGCGGUCCCCCAAUUUUAGGGAAGAUCGGCACGAGAUCUACAGCCUCUUCCUCCUGUAUCAGCAGAUCAGGUCUCAGAAAGGCUACUUCGAUGAAGAGGACCUGCUCUACAGCCUGUCGCAGAGGUUGUCAAAGCUCAAAGUGCUCCCCUGGUCCAUACACGAGCUCUACGGGGAUGAGAUUCAGGACUUCACCCAGGCCGAGCUAGCCCUGCUGAUGAAGUGUAUCAACGACCCCAACGCCAUGUUCCUCACGGGGGACACGGCCCAGGGCAUCAUGAAGGGUGUGUCCUUCCGCUUCAGCGACCUGCGCUCCCUGUUCCAUUAUGCCAGCAGGAACACCACCAACAAGCAGUGCGCCGUGCGCAAACCCACCAGGAUCUACCAGCUGUACCAGAAUUACCGGUCCCACUCAGGAAUUCUCAAUCUGGCAUCAGGAGUGGUGGAUUUACUUCAGUUCUACUUCCCAGAAUCUUUUGAUCGCCUUCCAAGGGAUUCUGGCCUCUUUGACGGCCCCAAGCCUACUGUCCUGGACUCUUGUAGUGUGAGCGAUUUGGCAAUUUUGCUGCGAGGGAACAAAAGGAAAACUCAGCCUAUUGAAUUUGGAGCCCACCAGGUAAUCCUUGUUGCCAAUGAAAUGGCAAAGGAGAGAAUUCCCGAAGAGCUGGGGUUGGCACUUGUGCUGACAGUUUACGAAGCGAAAGGUUUAGAGUUUGAUGAUGUCCUCCUUUACAACUUUUUCACGGAUUCUGAGGCUUACAAGGAGUGGAAGAUUAUCUCUUCAUUUAUGCCGCCGUCCUCCGACUCCAAGCAGGAAAACCGACCACUGAUGGACGUGUCCCUGGAAAAAGCAAGCUCCUUGCAGGGUCGGUCACACAUGCUGAAUCCAGAAAUGUACAAGCUUCUCAAUGGAGAGUUGAAGCAGUUGUACACGGCCAUCACCCGGGCUCGAGUCAACCUCUGGAUUUUUGAUGAAAACAGAGAGAAGCGGGCUCCUGCCUUCAAGUAUUUCAUUGGGCGAGAUUUUGUCCAAGUUGUGAAGACAGAUGAAAAUAAAGAUUUUGAUGACAGUAUGUUUGUUAAGACUUCAACCCCCAGCGAGUGGAUCGCACAGGGAGACUACUAUGCCAAGCACCAGUGCUGGAAGGUUGCAGCCAAAUGUUACCAAAAAGGAGGUGCAUUUGAGAAGGAGAAGUUGGCACUGGCCCACCACACGGCUCUGAACAUGAAAUCCAAGAAAGUCAGCCCCAAGGAAAAGCAGUUGCAGUAUCUGGAACUGGCCAAGACCUAUUUGGAGUGCAACGAGCCCAAUCUAUCGCUCAAGUGUCUGGUGUACAGCAAGGAGUUCCAUCUCUGCGCCCAGCUGUGCGAGAGGCUGGGCAAGAUAAAAGAUGCUGCCUAUUACUAUAAGAGAAGCCAGCGCUACAAAGAUGCUUUCCGGUGCCUUGAACAGAUUCAAGAGUUCGAUCUGGCCCUCACGAUGUACUGUCAGCAGGAACUUUAUGAGGAAGCGGCUGUUGCUGUGGAAAAGUAUGAAGAGAUGCGGAAGGCCAAGACCUUUCCCAUUUCCAAGCUGACCUACUCUUCUAGCCAGCUGUAUUUGGAAGCAGCAGCAAAGUACCUGAGUGCAAGUAAAAUCAAGGAGAUGAUGGCCGUCCUUUCCAAGCUGGACAUAGAAGACCAGCUGGUGUUCCUCAAGUCGCGGAAGCGGCUGGCCGAAGCCGCGGACUUGCUCAACAGAGAAGGCCGGAGCGAGGAGGCCGCCUUGCUGAUGAAGCAGCAUGGCCACCUCCUGGAAGCCGCCCGGCUUACCGACAACAAGGAUUUCCAGGCCUCGUGCUUGUUGGAGGCGGCCCGUCUCAACGUGGCCAUGGAUUCUGACGUCGAAGAGACCAAGACCAUUCUGAAAGAAGCCCUUGACCUCUGCUAUCAAACCAACCAAGUUUCUGGCAUUGCUGAGGCCCAGUUCUUGCAGGGGCUGCUCAUGCGAGACUUCCAGAAGCUCAAAGAGGCUUUCCUCAAGUUUGACAGACUCAACCACUCGGCGGGAGUGGUGGAAGCUCUCUACGAAGCAGCCAGCCACUGUGAGGCUGAGCCCGAGAAGGUCCUGGCCUUGGCCCCGGCCGGCUUGGAAGUCCUCCUCAACCUCGUCAAGGCACUCACGAGGGUGACCACCAACGCCGAGAAGGAAAUGGUCAAGUCUUGCUUUGAGUUUUUUGGGAUUUCUCAGGUGGACGCCAAAUACUGCCAGGUAGCUCAGAAUGACUCUGGACCCAUCUUAAGAAUAAUUACGGACCUGGAUUCACACUUGGCAGAGAAGAGAACAAAAGACCACUUCUUGGUCGCGACAGACCAGGUGAAAUUGGCGCUACACAGACACCUUCUGAACAGGCUGUGUCAGAUCACUCAGAGCUUGCUUGAGAAGACCUACCCGGGCGUCUGCCCGAGGUUCAUUGUCGGCCUGAAGUGUAAGGAGGAGAACUGUGAGGACUUCCACAGGCCUUUGCGGCGUUGCGAGGCCAAGUGCCUGGUUCAGUCGAGGAUGCACCUGGUGGCGAUCAACGGACUGCUUUUGGAAGCCAAGAAAGUGUUCCCGAAAAUCCUCGCCGAGGAACUCGAAGAUAUCGACUACAUUUUGUCUACAGAUAUGUACGGCGUGUGCAGAUCUUUCAUGAAUGUCCUGUUCCCCAAGCAUUUCCACCAAAGGGUGAUAUCCGAAAACCCCCUGGCCUGCAAAGAAAUCCUCAAGCCCUGCUACAAGUCGUUCCGCUUCUACAGGUCCGCCCUGAAAGAGUACAUCUACUUCUUGUUUCAAAACGAGAGCGCGCGCUGCCGCCGGGAGUCCACGGACCUGUGGCUGAGCGCCAUGCAGGCGUUCCUGGUGUCCUCCAACUUCCCAGAGGAGUUCGAGAAGCUCCUGCACCAGGAGGAGGACAACUACUACCGGGAACUCAAGGCCGUGGAGUCGGAGAAGGAGGAGCGGGGCCGGGGCCGGGGCAGCAGGAUGAAGGGCGUGGAGGGCAAGUUUGGCAUGCUGGUGCCCAACCGGGACGACGAGAACCUCGAGAAGACGCACCUGUGCUUCAUCCGCCUGCUGGAGAACUGCAUCGACCAGCUCUACGUGUACAGGAACCCCGACGACUACAAGACCCUCUUCUACCGGUUCAUGAACGUCCUCGUCCGGCGCUGCCAAGAACCCCUGAUGCCCAACAUCGGCAACACGGUGGCCCUGCUGGAGUUCCAGUUCAUCCACUGCGCCGUGAUCCUGACCCGCCUCUGGAAGAAGGCCAUCCUGUGCCUCCCCAGAAGCUACAUCUCCCUCCUGCACUUCUGGGAGUUCCUGUUCAGCAAGAAGGACAAGGAGUCCGGCGGCGUGUUCUUCAUCAUCCAGGAGUACAAGCCCAAGGACGUGGCGAGGGCCAUCCAGGACUUCCAGUUCCACCUCACCUACCUCGUCAAGGUGCUAUGCGGCUACGAGAACGCCCACUUCAACGUCCUGCUCGACGCCUUCGGCGAACUGGAGUAUGUGGUCUCCGGCGAGGCAGAGCGGACCCUGGUGCUGAGCUUGGUGAUGCUGGUGAACACCAGGGAGAUUCUGCAGCCCAACUGCAGGGCCCUCCUGUGCCGCCACUUCCAGGAGGUGGAGAAGCAGCUGCAGUUGAUGGAGGACGACUUCCCGGGUCAGAUUCCCGAGAGGCUGCUCCGGGCCGUGCGGCGGGUGAGGGUGGGCACGGCCACCGUCAAGGCCGCGGCCGAGGCGCUGCAGGAGCUGCUCUUCGAGCGGGACGAAGAGUACCUGAUGGACUGCAGCUGGCGGUGGGACGGCGCGCACGCCAAGGGCCCGGUGGUGCGAGGCCUCCAUCACGAGGAGAUCAAGCUGAGCCGCUUGCUCUGCGUGGACCCGGUGGACUCUUGUCUGGAACCAGAGUACGACUACGACGCGGACGAGGCAGACGAGCCGGCGUUAGAAGACCGAGACCACCUGCUCGCGGCCAUCCUCUUCCAGAAGCAGUGGAAGGCCUCCGUCCAGCGCAAGCUGAGGAGAGUGUGCCUGGUGGUGUCCCUGUGCGUCAGCUGGCGGAGAAGGGUGUGUGACCAGACGGAGCCCUGCUGGGAGGAGGCCAGGGAGCCCGGCACCGGGAACUUCAAGAAGGCCGACGUGGACCGGACCCAGUGUGACCUGUGUGGCGUGAAGUUCAUCCGCGGUCCCGAGAAUUACUUCAGCCCCCGGGAGGCAUUUGAGGAAGUGACUUCAGCAGCCGUGACCUUCGCCAGAGGGGCCGAGCUGGAAGGGAAAGAGAGCCUGGCGAGGGAGAACGAGUCUUACGAGCAGCAUAUCCUCCAGGAGUACCACCAGAGGCAGGAGGUGGCCUACCAGCAGUACUGCGAGUUCUUCCGCGAGACGGUCGAUCCGGCCAUCGACGAGGGCAAGCUGGUGGUGCAGGACAUCGAGCAGAGCAUGUGGAUCUGUAGGCACCUGGGCUCGAAAGAGCACAGCCACAUCCUGCAGAGGAAGAUCCAGGAGACCAUCAGGAAGGUCCUGGACAUGGUGGAGGAACUCUACAGGCGGAAGGCCUGGGCUGAAGGGCAGGAGGUGAUGACACGGCUGGUCAACACUCUGGUCCCAUCAGUCAGGGAUGCGAGGGAAUGGCUGAGGAAGACGGAGCUACAUUUAGAGGAGGAAGGUAUCAUUCAGGACGAUGAGUACGAAAUUGACGUUGAAGACUUCGGCGAGCUGCGUCCGAUCGGGCGCUCACGCAAGUGUGGAAAGCAGAGGAAAUACUGA